AUGAAAGUUUGUUGGAAUGAACAUCUAGAAGUGAACGAAGCUUCUAUUCGAGUCAAAGCGUUGUUAGCUUUAUUACCAUUAAGGGAAAAGUUGAGAGUUUCUCGGAUGGAAAACUCAAAUUUUGAGGUCAAAAUUUGGGUUUUCUCUCUUUUCACCAUAAAUUAUAAUGUUGACAUGGAGAAAAAUUCUGUAGAAUGUCUUCAUGAUGAUCAACAGUCAACGGAUGUUGUCUUAGAGUAUUGUUGGGUUCACUGGCUUCAUUUUAACGCUCUGUCAAUAGGAACGCAAGGAAACUCUAAUUUUAAAGAAUGA